GACAGCGAGCGAAGAUGGCGACCAGCUCAGAGCGCAGUCCUCCUCCGUUCCCGGAUUCCGAGGACCAAGAUGCUCUGGACUCCGAGGAAGUCAGAGGCCGAGAAAGCGACGAGGACGACGGGGAAGAACUUUUCUUGAGCGCGACCAAUACGCCCAUGGCCAAAGAGGAGAGCCCAUCGGCACCUGCCGGUCUGCUCGUUGACCUCCUGAGUGACCCUUUGAUUGAGCCCCUCAGCAGCUCAACGAACAAACCCUCCUCUGAGCUUUUUGAGGGCCUGACAAACGACACAGCCGUCACAGCGGGGAAGCCUUCGGUUGAGGCCUCGGAUGAGUUUGUUGACAUUCUGGGAAGUGAAGCUGCAGCACAAAGAGAGGAAGUGGAUGUUACAGUGGAAGCAGCGGCGGGGGAUAAGGGUGAAACAAGCCGUGGCGCAACAGAUUUACUCGCCGAUGGAGAAACGAGAAGUGCCCCUGAACAGGAAGCGACUUCUGCUGCUCCAGUCAUGGACCUCGGCGGCUUGCAGCAGCCACCUGCCAGUGCAAAGGUCACCGACCCGCUGGAGGACCUCCUGAGCGAUCCGCCGGCUACCGCCGCCUCUGACGCCCACAAACCCAGCGGCGCGGUGGUCGACCUCUUCGACGACGAGGGAAGCGACAUUUUCACCGGAGCCCCAUCUAGCAAACCUGCCAAGCAGCCUCAGAAAAGCCUCUUCGGUGAAGCGGACGAGGACCUGUUCGGCGAGCCGCUGGGCGCCGUCUCAAAGAAAGCCACCAGUAAGGAGCAGAAGGAGAAAUCCGCCCCGGCUUCAGCUGGAGAACCCGCUCACAUCUUCACUGAGGAGGCGGUCGGCACGGUGCCAAACACCAGACCGGUCAGCUCCAAAACCAACGGAAUCCCUCCCGAAGAGGACUCUGAUAUAUUUGCAGAAGCCACAGUGGAGCUUUCCCUGGACAGUCCGAGGAGCGAGAGAAGGAAAGAAGCGACAACCAAACAGCCUGCUUCUGCCUCCACCUCCGUCUCAGCCGCCGCCAGCCUCACCAAGCCACAGUCGGCCGCUGUGGAAGAGCUGGAAGAAGAGGAGGAAGAGGAACUUGAAGAUAAGUUUGACAUCUAUGUCUCCGUUAAAGACCCUGAGAAAAUAGGGGACGGCAUGAACGCCUACAUGGCUUAUAAAGUAUCAACACAGACCUCUCUGCCAAUGUUCCGCAGCAAAACGUUUACUGUGAGGCGACGCUUCAGUGACUUCCUUGGCCUCUACGAGAAGCUCUCUGAAAAACACGGGCCGAACGGAUUGAUUGUUCCUCCACCGCCAGAAAAAAACCUCCUAGGAAUGACAAAGAUGAAGGUGGGAAAGGAAGAUUCGUCAUCUGCAGACUUUCUUGAGAGGAGAAGAGGAGCUUUGGAAAGGUACCUCCAGAGAGUAGUGACUCACCCAAUGCUGCUGCAGGAUCCUGAUGUCAGAGAAUUUCUGGAGAAGGAGGAACUGCCCAGAGCCGUCAGCACCCAGGCGCUGAGCGGCGCCGGCUUCCUUAAGAUGCUCACCAAGGCAACAGAUGCCGUCAGUAAAAUGACCAUCAAGAUGAACGAGUCGGAUGUGUGGUUUGAGGAGAAGCUGCAGGAGGUUGAGUCUGCAGAUCAGCAGUUCAGGAAGCUCCACGCUCUGGUUGAGUCACUCGUGGUUCACAGAAAAGAGCUGUCCCUGAACACGGCAAGCUUCGCCAAGAGCGCGGCCAUGCUGGGCAGCGCCGAGGACAACACGGCGCUGUCCCGCGCCCUGUCGCAGCUGGCCGAGGUGGAGGACAAGAUGGAGCAGCUCCACCAGGACCAGGCCGCCAACGACACCUUCAGCUUCGCCGAGAUGAUUGCAGACUUUAUCCGCCUGCUGGGAGCGGUCAGGGGUACGUUCGACCAGCGGAUGAAGGCGUGGCAGCGCUGGCAGGACGCGCAGGCCAUGCUGCAGAAGAAGAGGGAGCUGGAGGCCAAGCUGCUGUGGGCCAACAAGCCGGACAAGCUGCAGCUGGCCAAGGAGGAGAUUGCCGAGUGGGAGGCCAAAGUGACUCAGUACGAGAGAGACUUUGAGAGAGUUUCUGCAACUGUGCGCAAGGAAGUCGUCCGCUUCGAGAAAGAAAAGACCAAGAAUUUCAAGAGACAGAUAAUCGUGUACCUGGAGUCCCUGCUUCAGUCGCAGCAGCAGCUGAUCAAGUACUGGGAGGCGUUCCUGCCUGAAGCGAAAGCCAUCGCCUAACGGCCGGCCCUCUGACCGACAAACAGGCUGCCUUCUUUAUACACUUUACCUCCUUUUGCCUUUAAAGCAAGAAAACAAAUGUGUGUUGAAAAGGGAGAUACAAUCAACAUUUUUUUUAAUACAAUCAUCCUUAACAUAUAGCUCUGUAUUCUAUUGUAUUAAUAACUGUAUAUUUUCAUUUGUCCUUCCACUAUUUUCUUACUAGAGCAAAGAG